CAAAGCACGUUCAUGCACGUGAUUUAAGUGAUAACAUUAUUGACACUUAACUACCACUAAUCUGUAUAAUCGAAAAUCAAUAUAUUCGUGGGAGAGCAGUUGUAAAACUUACUGUACUGGCGAGUCGUACCAGGGACACAUCGUACACCAUAAAAUAAAGAACUUAUUAAAAUUUUCGAAAUUGUUCCCUAGUAUAAAGCUUAUAGCUUUAUACUAUCAUCUGUUAAUUGAAACUGAUUUGGUAGUUUCAUAGUUUAAAAUGUCUACUAAAUUGGAUCAUAAAUCGAAAGAAUCUUUCGAAGAGGAUGGAGCGGACUUCGAUAAAGCAAUUACAGCAGUAGGAUAUGGAAAAUUUCAUUAUUUAUUACUCUUCAUAUUAAUACCCGCCACGUGGUCUUCGUUCUUUGAUACAUCGAAUAUGUCUAUGAUUCUACCGGCAGCAGAAUGUGAUUUACAAUUAACUUUAUUUCAAAAAGGCAUCUUGAAUGCUGCAGUAUAUGCAGGAAUGGUCAGUAGUGCAUUUAUAUGGGGCUUUAUGGCUGAUGUCACUGGAAGGCGGAAAAUUUUGAUUUAUGGAUUUUUCUUUGAUGGUGUGUGCAACAUUUUAAAUGGAUUUUCCCCGAAUUUUGCCGUUCUUGUAUUUUUCAAAUACAUGAGUGGUUUCAUAAUCAGUGGCCCUUAUGCUACAGUGACAUCAUAUUAUGCAGAAUUUCACUCCAUCAAAGAUAGACCAAAAAAGUUACUUGGGCUUAACGCGAUGAGUUUUAUUGGAAACAUUUUAAAUUCAGGUUUAGCAUGGCUAAUAAUACCUCAAGCUUGGUUAUUAGUUUUUGGCGACGAUGUAUUCCUAUAUAAAUCAUGGAGGAUUUACCUCAGUAUUUGUGGGCUUCCUAUAAUUUUUGGAAGCUUGUGUUUAUUCUUCUUUCCGGAGAGUCCCCAAUUUCUGAUGAGUAAAGGACGAAAUGAUGAAGCUAUGGAAGUUUUAAAGAAAGUUUAUUCAAUGAAUUCUGGUUUACCGAGUGAAAAUUAUCCUAUAAAGUUAUUGGAAAAUGAAGCUGUAGAAAUGCAUGAUAAGUCGAAUAUUGGAUCUACAGAACCUAAGUCGUUUUCUACUACACUUUGUGAAGGUUUCCGACAAAUGAAACCCUUAUUUGCAAGCUCAUACUUUAUAAAAUUAUCCUUGUUGUUUGUAAUACAAUUUUGCACGAUGUUAUCAAACAAUACACUCAGACUUUGGCAACCACAACUGCUAGUAAUUUUGGAUCAGCCAACAGACGAAACUGAUUUGUCUCUUGGGCCUAAUACAUUUUGUUAUAUAAUUAAUAAUUUUACAUCGAACAAAGCUAAUUAUUCCAUUUCCGAUAUUGAUAAUGUGGCUGAUUGCGUAGAAAAACCAUUGAAUGAUUCUACAUAUUUAAGAGUCCUUAUAAUCUCAGCUGCUGUGACACUUAGUAUGUUCAUGGCUGCUUUUUUUGUAAAUUUAUUUGGAAACAAGAAGCUGCUUCUGGGGACACUGUUUGCUUCCUUAAUUUCUGUGACUUUAUUGAUUUGGACAUCUAAUACUAUACUGAUAUUAAUACUGAUGUGUUUGCCAGUCAGUAUGAUGUGUACGGCUACAAUCUUGGUGGUUAACGUAGCUGUCGAAAUUUUUCCCACUACAUUAAGAACAAUGGCAGUGAGUUUAACGAUGAUGGUAGGCCGUGUUGGAGCACUCUCUGGGAAUGUUAUGUUUCCAGUACUUUUACAGUACGGUUGUAUUGAAGCUGUGAUAUUUUUAGUUGCCAUGGUAUUAGUCGCUUUAGUUUUAAUAAUAUUUGUUCCCACAUCAAACAACAAAGAAAAGUCGUAAAAAAUUAAAAUGUAUAAGCAAAUGGCUAUAAGACAUCUAUGACAAGAAGAUUUUUGUACAAAUAGUAUUAUUGUUUAUUGAUAUUAAUGAAUUAAGUUAUGUAUGUAAAUAUUUUCCAAUAAGUAGGAUAUUUUAUUGUAUAAAGUUUAAAUAAAAAAUCUAUUUUUAAACGA